AUGGCACCUCUCACUGACGAUGCCGGCGAAACAUUUGGGAAUGUGCCCAGCCAAUGGUCCAAUGCUGGAAAUCACAAAUACUACGGCAGUGGAAACAGAACUAGGUAUGUUCCACAAGGUCUCACUGACGCUGCGACCAAUGAUGUGUUUUUACCGGACGAGACGACAGUUUAUCAACAUCGCUCCGAUGUUUCGCCUAGGCCUGAGGAUGGGGAAGAAUUGCAUUCUAGUCAAGAGCUAGAUGAUAUUAGCAAAAACGCUCCAUCACCACCAGCGGUUAUGGAGUGGGGAAAGUCAUACGAUGAAAAAGCUCAGCCACUGACGGGAAUCAACAAAGAGCAAAUUAUAUCGAUGGGUGAGAAUAAGGAUUAUAGCACCGUAAUGUCGAAACCUGGGGAGAUUAUAGAAAGUUACGACACAGAUAUGGCUUACACUCAGUCUAAUAUAAGCACUGUUCCAGUUCCUGAUAAGCAAUCUGAUUCUAGGGUAGAUUACAAUAAGGAGAAUAAAGAAAAUUUUAAAGAAAUUAUGCAAGAAAUACUACAAACGAGUCCUUGUGACGAAGGCAAACAAAAUGAACCAUCACUUUUGGGGGCAGAACAGAAUAAUGCUUCAGUGAAGAUAAGAAAAAGGCAGAAAAAGGUUUACAGCACCGAAAUAGAUGCGGAUUUAGAUAAAGAUGUUAACCUGAAUGAGGAGCAUCUUGUAGUCUUAGCAGUUAAUAAUCAGUCCAAUGAUGAGGAUGAGGAAGAAGAUGAAGAAAUGUAUGCUGAAGAUGAAUUAUUUUGCUGUGAAGAUGAUGGUGAGGAUUCUGAAAAAAAGAAGAAGAAGAAAAAACGAAAGGAAGCCAAACGCAAGAAAGGUGAGAAGGCUGUAAGUUCCUUGCUGGAGAUAAUGGAGCGAUAUCCUGGCGGCAGAACGGAUAUGGAAGGAAUCGUUAACACGACUGAUCAACCUGACAGUAAACCACAUAUUUUACAUUUAACGGCUGCAAGUUCCUUGCUGGAGAUAAUGGAGCGAUAUCCUGGCGGCAGAACGGAUAUGGAAGGAAUCGUUAACACGACUGAUCAACCUGACAGUAAACCACAUAUUUUACAUUUAACGGCUGCAUCUACGAGCAAAUAUUUGGACUACCGACAGGAUCUCCAAUCUCACCUCCUUUGGCAAAUGUGUACAUGGACAAGUUGCAAAAAGAAUUAG